AACGGGAUAAGGCUAUACACGCCGCUUAAUCAUACUAAAUAAAAGUUUGACUUAAUUUUGGGAUUUUAUAACAUACUGUAACAGUAGUAAUUAAAAUAUUAUUAUCGGAUUAUUUGACUUACUCUCUGAGCUAUUUGCAAACUUUGUAAACCAGAGUGCCGUUAAAGGAGGAAUUUCUUGAAGAACAAACAUUUUCAAUACACAAGGAAUAAAAAUUAAAACAUGAUGCCCGUUGACUUUAUGGGAUUUAUUCCGAUGCUGAUCUUGGCGCUGUUGGUGGUUAGUGUGGCUGGACGGGCUCUUGAGUCAAACGUCUCUGGUGCGGAACAAAUGCAAAAUGAUGGUCUUAUCAUAAAGGCUGAAGACGGUUUGCGGAAAUACAAUGGACCAGCAGUACACUACUUCGCCAGACACGGUCUGUGUAACCAUAGUUUUGGCAAGGUCAGAUUCUUCAGGGCUCUCCAGAAGCACUUCCAUAACAUAUCAGAUGAUAUGAAAAUUGCAUUCGUUCUUGAUAUCUGCAAUAGACGAGAUCAUAUGCUUACUAAGUGGGUCCAGGAAAUAUUUGAUAAAGACGGUGACGGAUACAUCAGCCAUUUUGAAAGGGAGAUAGACAGAUGAGCCAAUUACGACAGCGUUCGUCACACCCAAAUGAAGAACAGUUAUGCAAUACAUCCGUGCAACGUGUAAUAGUAUAUUUGUUACGGAUACGUUCUUGAGGAAAACCCUGUCUCCUUCCAAAGGGGAGUAAUCGGAUGUUUCGGUCGGACGAUUAAAAUGACAAUAUAGCAUGUCUCAAUCUUAAAUCCCUUUAACAUUUUGAAUAAAUCUCUCCAAUGUGCUAGGCGUAUGCUAUACUACCAGAAACCUUCUAAUUUCAAGAAGAAGAAAGAAACAAACAUAUGUUGAGAGAACAACGAAAUAUACGAGACAUUCACAUUUUUGAUACAAUGACCUUUCUAAAUAUUGCCAAUGUUUCCGAUUCGUUACGUUAGCGUAUCCUUAUGAACACCACUGCAGUCUGUGAUAACCCUGUUUUCGGGGUAUUUGUGAUUUAAUUAUUUGUCAAUGUUGUUGUUUUCAUUUUACAAACAUAAUUUAUUUGUUUUACGCAGGCAAGACGUACAUGUGUAGACACUGCAUUGUCUAGUCAUCUUUGUUAAAUUAUAUUUUGCUUUUUUGCAUACCUUAUCCCACCAUGUUAUUAUUUACUCUAAUGCACGUCCAAAAUAAACAAAACAAAACAAAUUCGACCGCUAGGUGUUGAGUACAUUUGAUUUAAAAAGACACAUGUGUACAUAUAUUUUUACAUGUAUGUUGAAAUAUGUUAUAAUUGUAUAUGCGAUUAAA